AUGAUUGCCUUUGCGCUGGCCAAACUAACGCCAAUAAGUCCGGAGUUUGGGUUCGGUCUCUUCAUCAUGGGCUCUGCGCCCGGUGGCGGCGCUUCAAAUGUCUGGACACGUCUUCUCGACGGUGAUCUCAACCUGAGCAUGACCAUGACUCUAAUCAGCUCUCUUGCUGCCCUGGGUAUGUUACUCAAAUCACUUCCCUUCCCCGCCUGA